AUGAAAUCUACCGUGAAGUCAUCAAGACUUCCACGACCAGCUUAUUUAGAUGCACCCAUUCCAUUUGAUCUUCCACCUGAUGAAGAUCUUUUUGCUCGAAGAGAAGAAGAAAAUCAAAAAAUGAAAGAAUACAUGAAAGAGUUAUCAAAGAAAACACUGGUACAAAGAUCAUCAAUGUCAAAGUCUCCUUUAUACUCUGCAGGUAUUUCUGUUUCAAAAUCUAAAAGAACAGUUUCUGAAUCACAAAAUGACUUCAAAAUCACUCCGCCUGUUGCUGAACACCAAAGAAAGGAACAAAUGCAUGAUUUUGUUGAGCAAAAGCGUGAAAUAUUCUUAGCACAGCUUCUUAUUGAUAGAAAAAUGAAAGAAAUUGAAAGAAUUAGCCAAGCGCGUAAGACAGAAAAGAAGAAUAUUGAUGAAGAAGAAAGUAAGAUUGCCGAAACAUCCAACCAAUACAAGAUGUCACGUAACCAAAUCGAUGCUGAAUUAACAAGAGGCAAAAAGUCAAUGGAAGACGCAAUUAAGAAGCGUACAGAGAUUUUCAAAGAACUUAAGAAGAAAGACGCAAAUGUUACUGUUAUUCAAAGCGAAAUUUCUAAAAAUCAAGAAAUUUUGGAAUCCUAUCAUAACUAUUACAAUUUCUUGAAGAAUCUAUGUCCGCCAACAGCAGAUCCUAUCACAUACUUCACCGAUCCUCAACAAGUCAUAAACGAGCUUACAAAAGUUGAAAUGGAUAAUCUUUUCCUUAUUCAGCAUUGCCAUGAGCUUUCUGAAGAAGCAGAGAAUGGAUUACAACAACUAAACUCCGAAAUAACUAAAACAGUUAACGAAAAGAAGUCAAUAGAAAAAUCAACGGAAAAUCUUCGCGAAGUUGAACAAUUCCAAGCACCUGCAGUAUCAAAUAAUAAUCCAGUCCUUGAUAAAAACGUUAAAGAACUUACAGAGUCCGUCAAAAAAUGUUAUGUUACAUGUUUCGGAGUUCACGCCGAUAUUAACCCAUUAACCAUGUUAGAACGCAUUGAGAAUCAGCUAGAAGCCAUGUACAACAAGUGUGGAACCAUAGAUCAAAAGUUUUUGACAGAACAGAUGUUAUUACGCGAAAAGAAGAGGAGAGAAGAGCAAAGAAUAGAAGCAAAUAAGAAGAAACAAGAAGAUAUCGCAAGGAAAGCUGCUGCUGCCCUUGAAAGAGCGAAGAAGCCAAUUAAGAAGAGAACAGGAAGACCUCUCAACGAAAGAACAUUGCCUAUUAAAGCUAGAAGAACUGUUGAUGAAAAACAAAAGCAGGAAGAAGAAAAGGCCGUUGAUGAUUUCUUAUUCGGUGAAAUAUAUUAUUAA